ACAACACAUCUAAACUCAUUACCUUCAUUCAACCAAUGAGAGAGCAAGCCUUAUCCUAUCCAUUAUCCAACUCACUCCAAAGCCCACCAAAUAACUCCCCAAUUGCCACACAAAAACUCUUCCAAAUACUCUGUUUCAAACACAGAGAUCACAUUGGAACUGCAAAACAACACCAACCAUGGCAGCCUCACUCCAAGCAGCUGCUACUCUUAUGCAGCCCACCAAGGUGGGCGCGCCGGCAAGGACCAGCCUUCAGCUCAGGCCCUCCCAGAAUGUCUCCAAGGCCUUUGGCUUGGAACCAUCUGCCUCUGCUAGGCUCACUUGCUCUCUGCAGUCUGAUCUCAAGGACUUUGCUCACAAGUGUGUUGAUGCCUCUAAGAUUGCUGGCUUUGCUCUUGCUACUUCUGCCCUCGUCGUCUCGGGAGCAGGUGCAGAGGGAGUUCCAAAGAGGCUGACCUUUGAUGAAAUCCAGAGCAAGACAUACUUGGAAGUGAAGGGGACAGGAACUGCAAACCAAUGCCCAACCAUUGAUGGAGGGUUAGAAGCAUUCGCCUUCAAGCCGGGCAAGUACACCGCCAAGAAGUUCUGCCUAGAGCCCACAUCCUUCACUGUCAAGGCAGAGAGUGUGAACAAGAAUGCUCCACCAGAGUUCCAAAACACCAAGCUGAUGACCCGUCUAACCUACACCCUCGAUGAGAUCGAAGGGCCUUUCGAAGUGUCCCCAGAUGGCACUCUCAAGUUUGAGGAGAAAGAUGGGAUUGACUAUGCUGCAGUCACAGUCCAGCUCCCCGGAGGCGAGCGUGUCCCUUUCCUCUUCACCAUCAAACAGCUUGUAGCCUCAGGCAAACCCGAAAACUUUGGAGGGGAGUUUCUAGUACCAUCGUACCGCGGUUCUUCUUUCUUGGACCCAAAGGGUAGAGGAGGCUCCACUGGUUAUGACAAUGCCAUUGCAUUGCCAGCAGGAGGCAGAGGAGAUGAGGAGGAGUUGGCCAAGGAGAACAUCAAGAAUACUGCUUCAUCAAAAGGGAAGAUCACACUGAGUGUGACCAAGAGCAAGCCUGAGAGUGGAGAGUUGAUUGGAGUGUUUGAGAGCAUCCAGCCAUCUGAUACUGAUUUGGGAGCAAAGACUCCAAAGGAUGUCAAAAUCCAGGGAGUCUGGUAUGCUCAGCUUGAUUAAGUAGGCCUCUUAUUAAAUUCCCUGUAUGUAUUGAUGUACUUACUCAUUCUGGGUUUCAGAUUUUGCUAUAAAAGUGAAGGUCUUGCUGAACUUUCUUUGUAACCCAAUUGGCCAUGCACUCAGAUCAUUGAGAUCAUUAUCUUUCUUGUAUAUUAUCAUGCCCUAUUAUUAUGAAAAUCCCUCAAUUAUUCCAAA